AUGAAAAGAAUAAUUAGGAUAAAUCCAAUUAAUAUUCCUGUUUAGAAUGCUCCAAUAUUAUUAGAAAUGAUGGAUAAUGAUCUAUUUUAUAUCAAAGCUAAAAAAUAAUUAGCUGGUAAUAUCAUUAUUAUAUCAAUUAGAAUAAUUAAAGGAUUAUGAUUAAAAUGAAUUUGUAUUUUAUUCAAAAAGUAGAAAUAAAUUAGUUAAUGAAAAUGAUAGAGUAUCAAAGUAAUAAAUUUAUAUUUUACUCAUUAGACUAUUUUUAAAUAAGGAUUAAAAUGAAAUUGAAUUUUAUCUAACAUCUUAUUUAAUUAAAUAAGUGGUUUUUGGAGGAUAAGCAAAUGUAGGAAUACUUUAAUAAGGCAAUAAUAAUGAUAAUAAUGAUAAUAAUUCAAGAGAUUUAGAAAAUAAAAUACAGGAAUUAAAAUUAGAAAAUAAUAAAUUAUAAAAUUAAUUAAAAUUAAAACAAGAAAAAAUUGAUUAAUAAGGUGAUAACUUGAUUUAAUUAGAAAAUUAUGAAAAAUAAUUUAAGAAACAAUUAAAAGAAGGGGAAGAGUUUAGGGUUCAAAUGAAAAAAAAAUAUGAAGAUAUUUUAUAAGUUAAUUUGUAAUUGAAGAAUGAUCUUAAAAAUAAAGAAGAUUAAAUUGAAGAAUUUAAAUUUUAAUAAGUGACUUUUGAGGCAGAAAAGAAGUAUCUUUAAGAAUAAAAUAAAAGAGAAAACUAUUACAGUAAAUAAUCAACAGUUGAAAAUGAUAAUUAAAUGGAGGAAAUUAUACUUGAAUUAGAGAAAUUCAAAAAAAUGUAUGAAAAAGAAAAAUUUGAAAGAUUAAAAAUCACUGAAAUUUUAUCUAAUAUUAAGGAUGUAUAAAUACAAUAAAAAAAUAAUGUAUUCUAAAAGCUUGAAGAAAUUAAUCAAACAAGAAAUUAAACAGAAUAUGAUAUUAUUAAUUUAAGGGAAGAAUUAAAAAGAUCUGUAGAAACAUGUCGUUAAUUUAAAGAGUAAACGAUUCAAUAAAGAAAGGAAAUUUUCCAUUUGGAGGAUAAAUUUAAGCGUGCUUAAGAAAAAAAUACUAAAUUGGAAGAAGAAUUACAGAAUAAGAAUGAGGAAAUUUAAAAAUUAAAGAAGAUUAUAGAGGAGAAAUAAUAAGAUAUAUAUAAGUAAAAUCUGCUUAUAGAAAAAAAUAAUCACUCAAAUAAUUUAUAAGAAACUUAAAUGCAUAAAUUAACAGAUGAGAUAUCAAAUUUAAAAUAAUAAUUAGAAAAUGAAACAAAAAAUAUUAAUAAAUUAUAACUUGAGAAUGAAUCAAAAUCAAUUGAAAUUGAAAAAUUGGAAAAAUAAAUAAAAGCUGAAAUUGAAAAAUUGGAAAUAUUGAAAUAAUAAUUUCGAAAUCAAUUUGAAAAAUUGGAAAAAUAACUUGAAACUGAAAUUGAAAAACAAAAAUAAAUAGAAUAAAAAAAAACCUAAUUAAUUAAGCGAAUCAAAGAAAAUGUAUUAAGAAAAGUAAAAAUUGAAAAAAUUAUUUCAUGUACUGAAAAUCUUUUUAAAAAUUGUUCAAAACCUUUAGAAUUUUUAAAGUUGGAGGGUAUCAUGAUAAGCGAUUUAAUUGCUGAAGUUUAAAUAAUUAGAGUAGAUAACAAUAAAGCAUUAUAGAGUUUAACUAAUUAUGAUGAUCCUAAUAUAGCAGAAUUUAUUGUAAUGGAAUCUUUAGGAAAUUGGGAAAUCAAAAAAAGUAUAGCAAUUGUAAAAUUUAUUUUAUUUAUUCUAGAAUGGUGAUGGUACAAAAAGAAAAGGAUUUCUGAUGUAAGUUAUGAAAUGUGAAAAAAAUCUUUAUGAUAAUUAAGUUUUCAUAAUUAAGUAAUUAGAAGGUUAUGAGAAAAUAGUGAAUAAAUUUGAUGCUCUUUAUGUUGCUUAAAAUUCUUUAAUAGCAAAGAUUUUAGCUGAGCAUUUUUAAGAGAAGAUUUAAAAGGCUUCCAUAAAACCACCCUGUAAAUUUGCAUACAAUGAUCCAUAUUUAUUAAAGAUAGAUGGAAGUAUGAAAAAUUUUUAUAGCAUUUAGACUAUUAUAUUGCUGAAAGAUUGAUAAAAGGGAAUUUUUUAAAAUUUGACCAAGAAACAGAUAUUGGAAAUUAUUUUUAAGCAUUUCAAAUUUUUACUUAUUUAGUGACUUAAAAAAUGCUAAUGGUAUCAAAUAUCUAAGGAAACUUUAAUGGUUCAGAAUAUAUUUUGUGUGAUCCAAUUAUUUCUUCACCUGAAGGUAUUUUAGGGGAUGAGGAUUUAGGAGAGCAACUUAUCGAUUCUUUGUAGGAAACUAAUGAAUGUGUGAAAAAUUACCUAUAAAGUUUAGGGAUUUUACAUUUAAGUUGAU